GGCGAUAGUCAGAAUCAUCCUGAGAGUUUGCUUGAGAAAUGGCUUGAUUCAUUGAAGGCAGCAAUCGAGAGCCUGGAGGGUCGAGUGGGACUGCAGGAGCUGUCGAUACAGGUGCGACAACGUCUUGAAGAAAUAAUGCGGUCAUUUGAGGUAAUCGUGCUACUGCUGCUAUUGCUGGUGCUGUAUGCUCGAAAGCACACUUUAUUAUGA